GCAAGUCGCAGUAAUGGUUCAAGAACUGCCAUAGUUAGCGGCAGGCAGCAACGAUGGAACCUUGAAACACCAUGAAGUUUGGGGAAAGAUUCCUGGCUUAAUACACGUCGGAUUUGGAAGGGCCUUUCGAAAGGUACAAAACUGAUAUGCAUUCAUCCGAGUCCAAACUUGACAAGGAACCAUAUAUAAAGCGGUCCCAUUCUUCUCCAGGCCCUCACACCUUUCCCUCAAACCACCACCACCACUCACACUCACCCUUCCCAGCAUCCUCCCUUCUACGCUCGCACUCAUUCAAGUAAACCAACGCCUCUAACGACGAGAAGACGAUGCCAUCCCGACUACAAAACGUGGCGGCCAUGGCUACGCAGCAGGGUAGAAAGGCGCCAGAAUUGUAUUCAUCACCACCGACGGCGUUCUACACACCGUCGAAAGCGCCUUUCGUUAUUCCUGUCUAUAGCAACACGCAGCUCACCACGACGGUCCCCGUUCACCGUCAUGAUGCACGUAGUCCCGACGCAUCGUAUACGAGAUCUGUACGCGAAUGUAUUGCGCCGUCCCCGCCACCCGUCCUUGGUAAACCGCGCCAUUGUCACAUCCCACUACCGUCGCAAAUUGAGAGCGACAGCGCGAUAGUGGUACAUCCACUGUUGCGACCGAGCCGAGGAGAGAUGAUGAUCGAGCUCGACUUUGCUCACAGUCUGGCGAGCGUACGCGUUUUUAGUCACGAUGGCUGCGUGAACGAAGCAGCAACCAACCCGCCUCUUCCGUCGCUGGCCAUUGUCCACCCAAUGCUUCCUUGGCCAGUAGUCAUUCAUAGGUCGGGCCAUAGAGAGUGGGUUACAGUUGCCGACGUCGUCGAGACGCUGUGGCAGGCUCUUCAGAUGCCCAUCCCGCUGCCGAAGUCGUCGUCGUCGUCAUCAUUGUUCGUCGAAAAUGAGGAGGAUGCGCUCUUUACCAGCGUGUCGGAUUGGGAAGAGCGAGAAAAAACAGUGCUCAGGCUGGUGUAUUUGAGGGGGAAGACACGGUUCAUGGGUCUCCAGGCUGUAGGAAGCGAUACGUGGGAGCUCAUUGUUGCGUAGGGCGCGCGGGUCGCUAUGUGGCCGUCGGGAUAUUUAUUCUGGGCACUCAUCUGUAGUACUGAAAAGUUGUAUCAGUUACGCCCAACGUACGAUGACGACAGACUACCUCAGGAGGAGCUGGCGUUGAUACAAAUUAACGAGAGGGAUAGCGUGUUAAAGGGCGAUGAUAGUCGACGUCGAGAGCAGUACACUGUUCAGUUGCGUCGGCUUGAUGACCCUUAACCCUAGCACCAGUAAGGUUAGGGUUAC